AUGUGUUCUAUCGCGACCGCGUUCAAGGACGCCUACGUCAACGGGUCUGGCCCGGAUUUAGCCGCCGUGCUCACUCCGAUCGCGUCGCCCGAGAAUCCUAAUCGUCUACGCUCGUUUUACCAAUUCUCGAACGCCGAAUACAUCUCUAAAGAUCUGAGCUAUGCUCUCUUCCACGGCAAGAGUCUGAAACUGCCAAAGGCCGAGCAAACUGCCUGGGUCGACCUCUUUGUUGUUUACUGGGAAGCUAUAGGCGAAAUACUCCAAUGUGAAGAUCGCCAACCGGGUGCCAGCGUUGUCAAGGUUUUCAACGCCUGGAAAAAGGUUGCCAAUGCUCUCAUCAGGGGGUACUCAGGCUCUGCCUGCAUCCCAGCGUGGACACUGCCGUGUCUGUACACAGUUGGGAAGUACUUGCGUACCUUUGCGAUCAAUGCCGAUGUUGAAGUGUUGUCUCGAGGUUCUGGUGGAUUCGGACUCCAGGAAGAUAUCUCGGCUGAUGUUGAGAAGAAUGCGAACUUGGAAGAGGCUGCUCGGGUCAUCAAUCGGAUGUUUACUCUGUGUCUGAGCGAUAGAGCACCUCUUGAAGAAUCUCGCAAGUGGGGUAUCUACAAUAUGACCAACCUCCUAUUCAAGACAUAUUUCAAGCUCAAUUCCGUCGGCCUCACAAAAAACCUACUCCGUGCCAUCAAAGCCUCAUCGGCUGAUCUCCCUCCUCCCGAAGUUUUCCCCAAAUCCCAUAUUGUCACAUUCGAAUAUUACGUUGGAGUUAUCGACUUCUUGGAAGAAAAGUACAAAGAGGCCGAGGAGCACCUGACGUGGGCUUGGAAGAAUUGCCAUCGAGAUGCAGUCAAGAAUCGAGAAUUGAUUCUCACCUAUCUUAUUCCUUGCCACCUCGUGACUACACACACCCUUCCUAGCAAGAAACUUCUCGCGCCAUUCCCAAAACUCGAGGGCCUUUUCCGGUCUCUUUCAAACUGCAUUCGGAAGGGCGACUUGGUUGGAUUCGACCAAGCUAUGUCUGCCGGCGAGGAAGAGUUUGUCAAGAGACGUAUCUAUCUGCCGUUGGAACGUGGGCGUGACAUUGCUCUGCGCAACCUGUUCCGUAAAGUUUUCCUCGCCGGUGGCUUUGAUGAACCCAAAGAUGGUCAGGCUCCAAUUCGACGAACUCGUGUCCAUGUGAAUGAAUUUGCAGCCGCUCUUCGCAUGGGCUCUUCCGCCGAUCGAUCGCGCGUCGAUAUUGAUGAGGUGGAGUGUUUGCUUUCCAAUCUUAUUUACAAGGGACUUAUGAAAGGAUACAUUGCCCGUGAACGAGGCAUCGUCGUGUUGAGCAAGGGAGGUAGUGCUUUCCCAGGCACAGGAGUCUAA